GAGAAAGUAGAAGACAGAGGUGUUAAAAAGUAGUAAUUAUAUAACAGUCCAUGAUGAAGCCUGCCAUCAUUUUAGCACUUAUUAUAUCUACAACACUAGCAGCAUCAUCAGACGUCCAAAGUCCACUUCAACAAUUAGCAAUUGGAAAUCAACAACUAACGUCAAAUGUGUACAAAGAAAUUCUUAAAACUCAGAAUGGAAGUAUUAUUUUCAGUCCACUUUCCGCUGAAACCGUAUUGGCGCUAACUUCUGAAGUAGCGAAAGAUGACACUAGAGGCGAGCUAGUAUCUGCACUACACCUUCCAGAUUCCCAAGAGACUAUCCAACAAGGAUUUAAGGAACUUUUACCACAACUUAAAAUCAACAAUAAGAAUGCAGUAUUAGCUUCAGCUAAUAAAAUAUAUGUAGCCAACGGUAUCAACUUAGAAGAUGAUUUUAAAAAGACCGCUGAAAGUGUUUACGCAUCAGGACUGGAACAAGUAGAUUUCUCAAACAGUGCACAGGCCGCUAACAUAAUUAAUCAAUGGGUGGAAAACCAAACACACAAAAAAAUUAAAGAUCUCAUUAAACCUGAGUACCUCAACAGUGACACUGUGAUGGCUUUAAUCAAUGCAUUAUAUCUAAGCGCUAAAUGGUCUACUGCUUUUAAAGAUUAUAACACUGUAACAGAUAAAUUCUACAGAACAGCUUCCGAACAAAUAGAUCAACCAACAAUGACAAUGACUGAAGUAUUUAGACAUUAUGAAAAUAAAGUACUAGAUACUCAGUUUUUGGAAAUUCCAUUCAAAAGUGAUGGUCUUGUUUUUAGUGUUGCUUUACCAAACAAAAAAGAUGGCAUAGCUGCUUUAGAAAAUAACAUUGAAAAAGUAUUUGAACCUCAACCAUAUACUCAUGUACCAGUACAUUUAAAACUACCAAAGUUUACUGUUGAAACGGAGUUGAAUUUAAAAAACAUUCUUCAAUCGUUGGGUGUUCAAAAGAUCUUUAACUCUAACGCUGAUCUUAGUGGAUUGGCAAAGAACGCCAAAGAGUUGCGUGUUUCGGAGGUAAUUCAAAAAGCUUUCAUUAAAGUUGCUGAAAGUGGUGUAGAAGCAGCAGCUGCCACCGCUGUUCUCGUUGCAACGAAGUCGGCACGUUUCUUUCUCGAAGAUCCGAUACAGUUUUUCGCCGAUCAUCCCUUGUAUACUUUAUUAAAUAUAAUAAUGUUAUAUUGUUUGCUGGAAAAUAUAGUCCUUAGAAUGCUCAUCAUGACACUACAAUUUUAUGUAUAGUUCCUAUAAUUAACUUAUAAAUGUCAUAGUAUAUGCUCUUUAUGUUAUAAAAAUGUAUUGACUUAAUA